GCGUGAGAAGACGGCCAUGGCGGAGGCGCGGGGGCUGCGGGAGGCGAUGGAUGCGCUGCUCCUGCAGCUCUUCCGGGACCUGGAGGACCUGGAGGCUAAGCGCGGGGCGCUGAACGCCCGGGUGGAGGAGGGCUGGUUCUCGCUGUCCAAGGCCCGCUACGCCAUGGGCGCCAAGGCCGUGGGGCCGCUGCAGUACGCGGCGCGCAUGGAGCCGCAGGUCCGCGUGUCCACCUGCGAGGCCCAGGACGGACUGCACAAGUUCUGGGUGGUGAAAGCGAGCUCGCAGACCCCCGAGGAGGUGGGGCCCCGCGACGCCGCGCUACGUAGGCGAAAAGGGGUCAGCAGUGCUCCGGAGCCACCAUCCUCCCCAGCCCCCCAAGACCCUCUAAACUGGUUUGGAAUCCUGGUUCCUCACAGUCUGCGGCUGGCCCAAGCCAGCUUCCGGGAGGGCCUGCAGCUAGCCGCGGACAUGGCCAGCCUUCAGACCCGCAUUGACCGGGGUCAGAGCCAGCUCCGGGAACUCCAGGAAAAACUCAGGCAUCAGGAACUCAGGGCUGCACAGCCCGAGACUGCGGCAGCAGGGCAGUGACCGCUGUCCUUCACAGGACACCCAUCUCAGUGACCACUGCCCUUCCACAUGACCCCCCCCCUUGUCUCAGUGACACGGCUGUCCUUCCACAUGACCCCUGUCUCAGUGAGUUAUUCUCCCGUGUGACUCCCCCCCCUUGGUGACACGGCUGUCCUUCCACGUGGACCCCAUGUCUGUAACAUGCCACAUGACCCGUCUCAGACGUCUUUCAUAUAUUGUCAUAUCCCCAUCCCAUCUAAAUCUCUAAUGUUUCUUUUGUCUACACCUGUUCAACUUUGUUGAAUAAACUUGAAAAGUUUAAAGACCAA